AUGCUCAUCCCAAACAUUCAGGCGUUGACAAGCACACACACAUUCGCCACCUUUCAUGUUUCAACCGCGAAUUUCACGAUUGAUCGGACCAAAUUUGGGUCAUCAAACGUGGAGGAGCCAUGGAGUGACGUCUACAAUCUUUCAUGGAUUCCGGUUCAACCACGUGACGCCACGAAGUGUGCCUAUCAGUUUAUCAGUCCAAAUUUCCAGAUGAGCUCAGCAGCACUAGUCAGAAUGGAAGUCUCUGGCUAUUCGCAGUCCAAGUUCUUCUUUCAACGGACAUUCUUCUUCUCGCAAUUACCCAAUAGUGCGUCAACUUGUGGUGAUGGUAAAGUGAAUCGAUUUGGAGAGUGUGUUUGUCCUGCAGGAUACAGUGGAGAGUACUGCGACGAGCCGAUAUGUGAGAACGGUGCUACUAGAUCGAUGUCGAUCUGUGCGUGCUCGACGGGUUUCUAUGGGAAUCUGUGCCAGUUGCGUGAGUGGAAUUCACAAUUUCUUCAA